CUUUUUCGAAAUCACUUUUAUGUGAUGUCUUUAUUUAUAAAAAAUAGUGUAGUAAAAUGAGUUUAAUUCUGUUUUUCGUUGCUUUAUUUUACUGCUUUUACACACCGUUUACGAAAGUUGAAGAAAGUUUCAAUAUUCAAGCAUUUCAUGACAUUUUGUAUCAUCGAUUGAAUAUUUCGCAAUAUGAUCAUCACGAAUUUCCGGGAGUUGUUCCUCGUACAUUUCUGGGUCCGUUGGUGAUUUCUCUAACCGUGUCACCGCUUGUUGCUCUCCUCAACUUUUUAAAUGUCAACAAAUUUUGGUCGCAAUAUUUAGUUCGACUGACACUCGCUGCAUUUGUUGCCAUAACAUGGAAUCGCUUUCGAUCAACACUACAGCAGAAACUAGGCAUCGAAGUAUCGAUUUGGUUCACAGCCAUCACAGUUACACAGUUCCACUUUAUUUUCUACAUGACCCGUCCAUUGCCUAACAUAAUGGCUUUGCCAUUAGUUCUUCUCGCUUUAAAUUCGUGGCUUAGACGUGAAAUGAGAAAAUUUCUGAUUUUUGCUGGAGCUGCCAUCAUUAUUUUCAGAGCUGAACUGGUGAUUCUUCUAGGACUUUUACUUAUUUAUGAUCUCUUUCAUCAACGCGUCACAAUAAAAGAGCUAUUAACAAAUGGAAUUCCAAUUGGUCUUGGACUUGUUAUCUUGACUGUGGCAGUUGACUCUUUCUUCUGGCAACGACUUUUAUGGCCAGAAGCUGAAGUUUUAUGGUUCAACACAAUCUUGAAUAAAAGCUCGUCAUGGGGAACGUCACCAUUUUUCUGGUACUUUUACUCAGCUCUCCCUCGAGCUUUAGGACUGUCACUGAUCUUUGUGCCUUAUGGAUUGUACGCCGAAGCAAGAAUUCGUGCAAUUACAAUUCCAGCUUUAGUAUUUGUCUUCAUCUACUCAAUCUUACCACAUAAAGAACUUCGUUUCAUUGUUUAUGUCUUCCCAAUGUUAAACAUUGCCAGUGCUUGUGCAUGUCAUCGAUUGUGGAUAAACAGACACAAGACAAUAUUUCAUUCACUCUUAUCGAUUGCUGCUGGCGGACAUUUGAUAGGAAACUUUGUUUUGACAGUUUUCUUGUUAACUGUUUCCGGCACAAAUUACCCAGGUGGUGUUGCAAUGUCAAGAUUACAUAGAUUAGCAUCACCGGAAGCGAACGUUUCUAUUCAUAUUGAUAAUCUAACUGCUCAAAGUGGUGUCACACGUUUUACUGAAAUUAACUCAAAUUGGACUUACAGCAAAAAUGAACAUUUGAAAGCUGGAGAUGAUGAACUUCAUAAGUUUGACUAUCUUCUGACCGAAGUUAAGAAUAAAUACUCACCGGAAAUGCGAAUCCUUCAACAAACACAUGAGAAAAUUGAACUUAUUGAAUGUUUCAGUAAUAUUGGCAUUCAUUACACUUCACUUUUGCCAAUAAAAAUUCGAACAAAACCUUGCAUUAUGAUUUUGAGAAGAAAACCAAAUGCGGCUUUAUUGAAGAGAUUUUUUGAAGUGGAAGAUCCCGUCGAAGGUGUGAUCGCAGACGAAGAUAAUGACUCAACAGAUGAAAAUGAAUCUGAGAUGGAAGAAGACGUGGAAGAAAUCGCAUUAAAACCGAAGAUAAGAAAACGAUUAAGAGUAACAACGACAACAUUGACCCCUAAAAUAAAAAUUAAAGAGAUUAUUGCAGCUGAGAAGCUGGACACUGAAAGUGACGAUGAUGAAAAUUUGAGUGAAGAAAUAACCGAAAAAGAUUUGUUGAGUGAAGAAGUGAAAGAAGAAAAUUUGAGUGAAGAAAUGAAUGAAGAAGAUUUAAGUGAAGAAGAGAAUGAAGAGAUUGAAACAGAAAAUCUUGAUCAAGUCCCAAGAGAACAUGGAAGUGGAAGCAUCAAAAGCAACAUCAAACGAAUCAUCUCACAAGAAAAGACAAAACAGCUGAUUGAUGAAUUAAAGCAACUUGAUUUGAGUGUGUUUUGUGACUUGAGUAAAAUGGAUACCAAAGAAUGUUUGAAAAAAAUUCUUGAUGAAACAAAUGAAUGAAAUUUUGACAUCUUUUAGUGAUCAAAUCACUUUGUUUGAUGUUCUUGUGAAUUUAUUUAGUUAGAUAAUAAAAGAAAAUCAUUUGUCUCAAUA